AUGGGCAUUGAGUCCGCACGGUUCUCACACCCGGAAGUGCUGAGCCUGUCUGUCUGUCUGAUUGGUAAGGUGGUGCAAGGUAAGGUGGUGCAUGGUAAGGUGGUGCAAGGUAAGGUGGUGCAAGGUAAGGUGGUGCAUGGUAAAGUGGUGCAUGAUAAGGUGGUGCAUGGUAAAGUGGUGCAAGGUAAGGUGGUGCAUGGUAAGGUGGUGCAUGGUAAGGUGGUGCAUGGUAAGGUGGUGCAAGGUAAGGUGGUGCAAGGUAAGGAGGUGCAAGGUAAGGUGGUGCAUGGUAAGGUGGUGCAUGGUAAAGUGGUGCAAGGUAAGGUGGUGCAUGGUAAGGUGGUGCAAGGUAAGGUGGUGCAUGGUAAGGUGGUGCAAGGUAAGGUGGUGCAUGGUAAGGUGGUGCAAUGUAAUGUGGUGCAAUGUAAGGUGGUGCAUGGUAAGGUGGUGCAAGGUAAGGUGGUGCAAGGUAAGGUGGUGCAAGGUAAGAUGGUGGAUGGUAAGGUGGUGCAAGGUAAGGUGGUGCAUGGUAAGGUGGUGCAUGGUAAGGUGGUGCAAGGUAAGGUGGUGCAAUGUAAGGUGGUGCAAGGUAAGGUGGUGCAAUGUAAGGUGGUGCAAGGUAAGGUGGUGCAAGGUAAGGUGGUGCAUGGUAAGGUGGUGCAAGGUAAGGUGGUGCAUGGUAAGGUGGUGCAUGGUAAGGUGGUGCAUGGUAAGGUGGUGCAAGGUAAGGUGGUGCAUGGUAAGGUGGUGCAUGGUAAGGUGGUGCAUGGUAAGGUGGUGCAUGGUAAGGUGGUGCAUGGUAAGGUGGUGCAUGGUAAGGUGGUGCAAGGUACGGUGGUGCAAGGUAAGGUGGUGCAAGGUAAGGUGGUGCAAGGUAAGGUGGUGCAUGGUAAGGUGGUGCAUGGUAAGGUGGUGCAAGGUAAGGUGGUGCAAGGUAAGGUGGUGCAAGGUAAGGUGGUGCAAGGUAAGUUGGUGCAUGGUAAGGUGGUGCAAGGUAAGGUGGUUCAUGGUAAGGUGGUGCAUGGUAAGAUGGUUCAUGGUAAGGUGGUGCAAGGUGGUGCAUGGUAA